AUGGCCAAAAUAGAGGAUGAUCCUGUUUACAACCAACCUAAGACGAAGAUUUCAAGUGAUCAACCACAAACCACAGCUGACGAUCCAGUUUACAAUCAGCCAAAGCCAGCGUCAGAACCACAACCAAAACCAGAUGAUCAAUCAAGUAACCCAACCAGAUCGGAGAAGGAUUCUGGUAUAGCUGAUGAUCCGACCUACAACCAGCCAAAGCCCGACUCUUCCGGCGAGGAACCACGACCAGUGGCAGAUGAUCCUGUUUACAACCAGCCUAAACCUGAUUCUAGCUCGAAGCCGAAGGUAGACGCGAUGGUACAUGAUCAAUCUGCUACAAGAGUUGCGACUAAAGAACCACGACCGGUCGCGGACGACCCAGUCUACAAUCAGCCAAAACCCAAAUCCUCGAACGACGACGACCCACAGCCUAUAGCAGACGAUCCAGUCUAUAAUCAACCUAAGCCCGAGUCUUCAGGCGAAACUUCACGACCUGUAGCCGACGACCCGGUAUACAACCAGCCCAAGCCCAAAUCCGAGCUAAGUUCAGUAGCAGACGACCCGACCUACAACCAGCCAACACGUAUGCCACCAGCAGGAGACGACUCCGACUACUCUCCAAGCUCAUCGCAGCAAACACCUCUCCACAGAUAUCAAGACGGAAAAGGUGAAGUCACCGAAGACCCAGUCUACAACCAGCCUAAACUACCCUCUUUCGAAAGUCAGGUAGUAGGUGGCGACGACGCAGACUACGGCUCACAGCCUCGCGUUAACCACAACAAAGCCUCAGAAAGACUAACUCAGCUCAACCAACAAAUCGCUCCAGCACCCUCCGAAGCCGACAUUCAGCAGCCAGAAGCUACACAAGCAAACACCUCCGCACCACGCAGACAACGCAAGAAAAAAGCCCAAGACCACCAAUCAUCCCUUCCAGCCGACUACUCCGACAUCAUGGGCCACAUCUCGACCAUGCAGAACCAUGCACGAAACCCACCAGCCGACCACAGAGGGUAUACACGACAAAAAGCAGCUGGCAAGAUGACAUCCAGAGACAGAAUUGACACUAUACUCAACCCCGGCACCUUUCGAGAACUCGGUUCAGUGACCGGCACGACGACGUGGAGUAUCGACCCGGAAAAUCCUCUGACUGAAAAGGUGGAGGAUUUCACCCCGAGUAACAACCCGCAGGGCUUCGGGCAGGUGACGUGCCUACAAACUGGUACGGAAAAAGUCACGAGACAGGUGUACUUGACUUCUGACGAUUUUAGUAUCCGUGGCGGGCAUGCGGAUGGACAUAAUGGGUUGAAGACGCUGUAUGGUGAGAAGUUGGCGUUACGGCUGAAGGUUCCUGUUGUCAAGCUUGUGGAUGGGUCGAGUGGUGGUGGGAGUGUAACGACUAUUGCGAAGACAGGGUUCAGCUAUUUGCCCCAUGUGACGCUGCUAAAUACUGUGACGAAGCAGUUGAAUGAGGGGAUACCGAAUUUAGGUGCGGUGGUUGGACCGGCGAUUGGACUUGGUGCUGCACGGGUUGUGAGCACGCACUUUAGUGUUAUGGCGGCUGAUAUUGGGAGUUUGUUCAAUGCGGGGCCAAAAGUGGUAGAGGGCGCUACGUUUGAGGAGGAUUUGAGUUUUCAGGAUCUAGGCGGGCCGUGGGUGCAUUGCUGUAAUGGCACGAUUGACAAUAUGGCUAAGGAUGAGAGGGAGUGCUAUCAGCAGAUGAGGACGGUGUUGGGAUAUUUACCUGAUUCUGGUGCGUUGCAGGCGCCGCCGUGUUUACCACAAGGUUGGAGUGGUGAUGAUGUGAACAGGGAGGACGAGAGCUUGAGAAGUAUCAUACCGAGGAAGAAGAAUAGGAUGUACAAUCCUUACACAAUCAUUGAGUCGGUUGUUGAUAAGACUAGCUGGUUUGAGAUCGGCCGCUUGUGGGGUCGAACAGGUAUUGUUGGGCUUGCGAGGCUUGGAGGACGGCCAGUUGCAAUACUGUCGAACAACUGUGAGGUCAAUGGUGGUGCACUUGAUGCUGCUGGAAGUCAGAAGCUGCUGAAGAUGAUCAAGUUUGCAGAUGUGUUCAAUCUGCCUAUCGUGCAGUUUGUGGAUGUCCCCGGCUACGCGAUUGGGACUGUGGCCGAACGUACAGGUGUCAUGAAAUGGGGUGUCGAGCUUGGAAAAGCAUACUAUACUUCGACCACACCAAUCUUCACUGUACUGACACGUCGAGCAUACGGCGUUGCAGGCGGUAUUAUGCUCGAUAGCCGCGAGCCAUGGAUGAGAGUCUCAUGGCCAUCUGCAAAUUGGGGCUCACUACCACUUGAUGGAGGCAUCGAAGUCGGUCAUCGACAUGAGCUCAAGACAAUCCGGGAGCAGGCAGAGAAAGCGAAACCUGGAAGUGGUGAGGAAGCGUUCAAGAAGAGGUAUAAAGAGCUUGAUGAGAUGUAUGUAAGGUUGAUGAAUCCUGUGCGCACGGCGAACGUUUUCAAUGUGGAAGAGAUAGUGGAUCCCAAACAUACGAGGAAGAUAUGCUGUCGAUGGGCUCGGGAAAUGUAUGGGAUUGUGAUGCAGGAGAGGUUGGCUGAUAGAGCUUCGAGGAAGAUUGUGCCCGUGUUCUCGUGA